GUUAAUCAUUAACCCUCGGGGUGUGAACAAUGCCUAUGAACAGUGCGUGAACAGUAACUGCACUUCCAAAAUUGGCCAAACACUAGCUAAUUCACAAGAUUUUCUCCCAAUAAACCACACAGCAACUAAAUCAAGAAAUUUCUACCACAACCAAGCUUAAAACGUGUUUUAUGCUACCCAAAAUCAUCCCAUAAUUCUAGCACAAUCUCGGACAACACAAGCAACUAAAUGGACAAUACUUAAUUGAUAAUUAGACAUAAAAAGGCUGUCCAUCAUACCAAGAAACUCCGGCAAGCAGCACCGGGUCCGGCUGGGAAGGAAGCCGACGGGGAGAGAAAUGGAGGAACUCACGGCAAACCUCAAAAUUCAAGAACCCACAACACAAUUAGAGUAACCCAACUUGAAUUAAGGCUAAAGGGAUGAUUCCUAGUCGUUCCCUUACCAGAAAACCGAGAAGCUCUCCACCGACAAAAGCAGCUCGCGGCAGGGGAAGGAAGAGUAGAACAGAUCCGGGAUUUCUGGGUUUAAUAGCUGGUCUAGAACAAGAAAAGGGGGAGAAAUCCCCAAGUUUUACCGGUGUUCCCGGCCGGAAAUGGAUGGCGGUGGCUAAGGAGCUUCGGUCGGCUACAGGGGAAGGAACAGAGCAGAAUCGGGAUUUUCUGGGUUGAGAGGGAAGAUUCUAAGCCCCAAAUCUUGUGAUUGAACAAGAAAAGGAAGGAAUUUCAUCAAGAUCUCACCGACUUUUCAAGGAGAAGAAAGUCGGUGGCUUGGGGGGGCUUGUCGGGAGGAAGAAGAUAAGCAGAAGCAGAAACACGCGACUGAUGAGGAAGAAAAGAAAGAAAAAGAAAAGAAAAAGCAAUUCAUCCU